UCUCCUGGGUGGGCGUGACUUCGACACAGUCUCAGCUAGCUAAUGCUAGAAGACAACCACCGAUCCAGGGAAUUCUUACAUAUCGAAAGCAAAUCGAUUCAUCGUAACGGGGAAAAGGUGAUACCCGCACUGCAGGAGGUUCACCUGCGACACGUCAACGACCUUAAUGGCUACCGACAUGCCCAUGGACACGGUGCCGGCUCCUCACCCUGUCCCAGCCUCAUCCCCAGACCCGGCCCCAGCCUCACCACCCGCCCUCAGCUCUAGUUCCACCCAAGACCAGAUUCCCACCCAGGAGCCAGCAAUAGCUGAAACCCCCCACACAGCGGUGUCCUCAGAAUACGAUGCUGCUCCAGAUCCCACCCCAGCCCAGCCUUCUGACCCAGAGAUGGCCCCAGGACUUGUUCCAGGUUCCGAGCUGCCCCCGACCCCUCUGCCGCAACCACUGCCACCAGUCAGUGCCAAGAACCCCAGCUGCAAGAUCAUGACCUUCCGGCCCACCAUGGAAGAGUUUAAAGACUUCGCCAAAUACAUCGUCUACAUGGAGAGCCAGGGAGCUCACCGUGCUGGCCUCGCAAAGGUGAUUCCCCCGGAGGGCUGGAAGCCGCGGAAAUCCUACGACACCAUCGAGGACAUGGUGAUCCCAGCUCCCAUCAUGCAGGUGGUGACGGGUCAGUCGGGUCUGUUCACCCAAUACAACAUCCAGAAGAAAUCAAUGACUGUGAGCGAGUACCGCAAGCUGGCCAACAGCAAGAAGUACUGUACACCUCGCCACAAAGACUUCGACGACCUAGAGAGGAAAUACUGGAAAAACUUGACAUUUGUGUCACCCAUUUAUGGUGCAGAUGUCAGUGGUUCCAUCUACGAUGAGGACAUCCAAGAGUGGAAUAUCGGCCGUCUCAACACGCUGCUGGAUAUGGUGGAGCAGGAGUGUGGCAUCGUUAUCGAGGGCGUCAACACUCCAUAUAUGUAUUUUGGCAUGUGGAAGACCACAUUUGCCUGGCACACUGAGGACAUGGACCUCUACAGCAUCAACUACUUGCACUUUGGACAGUCCAAAUCCUGGUAUGCCAUCCCACCUGAGCACGGCAAGAGGCUGGAGAGGCUGGCACAAGGAUUCUUCCCUGGCAGUUCCCAAGGCUGUGACGCCUUCCUUCGCCACAAGAUGACACUGAUAUCUCCAUCCAUCCUAAAGAAAUACAGCAUCCCCUUUGACCGGAUAACUCAGAAUGAAGGGGAGUUUAUGAUCACCUUUCCUUAUGGUUACCAUGCCGGCUUCAACCAUGGCUUCAACUGUGCAGAGUCCACAAACUUUGCCACCCUGCGCUGGGUCGACUACGGCAAGAUGGCCACCCAGUGUACCUGUCGUAAGGACAUGGUGAAGAUUUCCAUGGACGUGUUUGUGCGCUGCCUGCAGCCCGAUCGCUACGAGCUGUGGAAGCAGGGCAAAGACUCUACAGUGUUAGAUCAUUUGAAGUCCACUGAGCUCAGCUGCCCCGAACUGGAGCAAUGGAAGCAGAAUCGCGUCACCUUCCGAGAAAACCUCCUGCGAAGGGCCAUGCAGAAGAUGAAGCAGUUCCGUCGUCUAAAGCUGGAGGAGGUGAAGGUGCUGGCAGAGGAAGGCAUUGAGCUGAACGCCGCCGAGUACCAGCGCCAGGUGGAGGAACGUGAUGCUCAGCGGAGGAAGGAGAGGGAAGAGCGUCUAGCCAGAGAAGCCAUGAUGACCCUGGAGGCCAUGGAGCGCGAGGAGCAGGAGGCCGCUGAGGCUGCUGCUAAAGCAGCUGAGACUCCAGCCUUAGACGCAGAAGAACAUGAGGCCAAACCACAGAACCUGACUGAAGACGGUGAGAAAAAGAAGCAGAAAAAGCCAAAGAAGAUGUCAAAUGUACACAACGCCAUCACUGGAUUUGAGGAAGCGUUUGAGCAGUAUGCUUCAUCGGGCACCACGAAUUCAAAUACCCCCGUGGUCAGUCCUGCAGAGGUGGGGAACCCUCUAACCCCAAGGCAGAGUGGCAUCCCGUCAGACAACAAACUAGAUGUAAGCGACACCAAGGCAUGCUACUCCAAGAUGAAGAUGCCAACGGAGGUAAAAAAGAGUCGGCGUCAUCCCCUCACCAAGCCACCCACACGCUCCCCUCUGUCCGUCGUCAAGCAAGAGCCGACCGGUGACGAAGAGCCGUCCUCCCCCAUGCCACUGGACGACAUGAAGAAACAGGAGCACCUGUGGCAGAACCUCUCACCCAACUUCCUGGCAGAGAAGGCCUUCAAUGCUGCAGUCGCGGCACUCCAACCACACUGUGCUGUCUGCUCGCUCUUCUGCCCCUACAAUAAGCCACACAAAGAUGGGUCCGUUGCGAACGACACCCCGCAUGCCUCCCUGCCCCGGCACGGCAGUAUGACUCGUCCACUGGUCCCAGAGAUGUGCUUCUGCGUUGGGGCAGGAAACACAGAACCUCCACCCACCAACCAUCACAUCGGAGACGAUGGCACCAGUCUUCUGCUCCGCUGCUCAUCUUGCAACAUGCAGGCUCAUGCCAGUUGUUACGGUGUAAAGCCAGACUCUGUCGGUGAUUCCUGGAUGUGCUCCAGAUGUUCAGCAGGAGCCUGGACAGUGGAGUGUUGUCUCUGCAACUUGCGUGGAGGAGCUUUCAAGACCACCAUAGAUAACCGGUGGGUCCACGUCAUCUGUGCCAUCGCUGUGGCUGAAGCUCGCUUUGUCAACGCCAUUGAAAGGGAGCCAGUAGACGUCAGCGCUGUUCCAGAAACGCGCAAGAAUCUGAAGUGUGUGUUCUGCCACGGCAAGAACGCCAAUCCGAACCGCGGUGCCUGUAUCCAGUGCUCGUAUGAGAACUGUGCCACCUCCUUCCACGUCACCUGCGCCCAAAUUGCCGGUGUCAUCAUGAAGCCCGCCGACUGGCCCUACGUGGUGUCCGUCACCUGCCACAGGCACGCACGGGUCUCUGCGAAGUCGCGGACAGCACCCAAAGGCCCACAGACUUCGAACCUGGGCCAGAGAGUGAUCGGCCGCAACAGUGACGGCUGGUACUACCACUGCACCAUUAUCGGCAUGGCAACGCAGACAUUCUAUGAGGUCAACUUUGAUGAUGGGUCAUACUGUGACAAUCUGCACCCAGAAAACAUAUUGAGUCACGACUGCCUGCGUAACGGUCCUCCAGAAGCCGGGGAGUUGAUUGUGGUCAGCACGCCAGAGGGUCAGAUCCUCAACGCGUCCUUCAUCAAACAGCACACUCACAAGUUCUACCAGGUUGAGUUUCAGGACCAGAGUCAGCUGAUGCUGAAACACUCGGAGAUCCAUCAGCUGGACCAGGAACUGCCCAAGAGGGUCCGAGCCCGAUUGGCGAUACUCGUACCCAAGGAGGAGGAACCCUCAGCAGAUGAAGCCCAAGCAGCGAAACGCCGCUGCCUUCCCACUGGCUCAGCCCCGCCCACCGAGACGCCUAUGGAAACGACCGAUCUGCCAACUUGCCCCCUAUCUACAGCCCCGGUAGACACGCCAGUAGCAGCACAUGACAGUAUUAGCACACAGCUGACCUCACAACCUCUGUCCCAGCCCGGCGUGACCCGACAGGACACCCCAGCCCCAACCGCCGGUGUUCAGGUGGACGCCGAGACCCCGAUGGACACGAGUGUCUCCCUCACGGAAGCCCUCACAGAGUCGUCCCUGGUCUCGGACCCCACGCUGACUCCACAGACGACCCCCUUUCAGUCGACAUUGAACUCGGACCCCCUCCUCUCCGCUCCGUCCCCUCCCCCGCCGCCCCAGCACAUGUCCGACAGCUACACGCCGAGCAGCGGCUACGUUUCCUACAUGGAGACUCUCCUGCAUUCACAUUUCCCUCAGGACGACGGGCCCGGGCCCCUCUAUUAAAUAAAACACACACAAACAAAAACUCCAGUAUGUUAUUACUCGGUCAAUCGAGGCUGAGCCAAUAGGAAGUAAGCUAAUGGAGGCGGAUUCUACUGAGUGCUGUAUUAAUUGACAAAGAACAUUUCCUGAAGCGGCUCUGAGAGCUCGGGGCGGGAGCAGGAGGAGACACGGACACAUGAGCACUCUUUUAAUGCAUGUUACCUUUCUAUUUUUGAGUUAAUGUAUUUGCAGUGGUGCUUUAGCCUGUUCCAACGCAGAAGCAGCUAAAGAGGAAGAGGCUUUUUAUUUUUGACUUUAUUGUUAUUAUUAUUAUAAUUAUUAUUAUUUGUUAUUUUGUUUGUGGGUUAUUUUUUUUAAAGGUCCUUAUGCUUAUUGUAUUUUUUGGUCAGCUGCUGUGCUUUUCUCCUCCAUUUGAAUAUGAAUACGUCUCUGGGUGGUAUCAACUCCAUACCUCGUUGCAUUAAUUCAAUAACGGAACCCUCUUCUUUUCUUUCUAUACGAAGCUAAUUAUCAGGACGACAUCUCAGCAGUGAGGUCUCGGUGGACUUUUCUCUUUCUUUUUUUCCUUUUUUAAAAUCCAAUAACCAGCAACAAAAGAUCUCUAUUUUUCAAUCCAGCCACUGGUUGCGAGAAAAAAGUGUGACAUUAUCCAUCUGCAGGAAAUUUUCAGUGCGGUUUUAUUGCUGGAUUGCAAGAGGUAAAUGGGGGGAAAGGGUGGGGGGGGGGAAAGUAUUGUAGAGGGAAUUCAGUAUUUAAAUGUCUUAGUCAGAUAUUGAGAGAAUAAUUUGUCAUAGGAUAAACAUGUUGAAUGCAAACAUUAGUAGAAUUGUCCUCGGAUGUGUCACAGUAGUUAAGAGAUGAGACCUUUAUAUAUAUUGACAUUAUUUAAAAUGGCUCCACUUUAACCACCCAAAAGUGUCUCAGGGUUCCUACAUGCGUAAUUGGCACACAACAUUAUAAUUUUUUUUUAUUUGGGGCUUGUAUUUUCACAUUGGCUCCUGGUUACAGUUUAUCUGCUGUUCAGGGUGAUUACCUUUUGUUUACUUUUAUCUCUAUGAACGGAAAGUAUGGAGAAUGUCUGAUAUUUGGAAAAAGGAACUUCUGUAGGAACCCUAAAAUCUGGAAAUAUUUUCUACCAUUCUUGGUUUAAAUUCUAUGUAUUAAUCAAUAUUGUAUAUUGUUAAUGUCGUCUGUUUUUCUAUAACUGUAUUCUUUCUAUGUUCAUUUUCUCAAAUGAAUUCACAAACUUGGCCGAUCUUUAAGGGAAAAACAUAUGAAAACCUUUAUUUUUGACAGAUUUUUGCAGGCGUAUUACUCGGUUUGUACUGACAACUACAUGUUUUUGUUUUUUUUCCCCGGACGUGGCCAAUUUGUGCUACAAGAGGUGCUAAAGAGAUAUUAAAACUACUGAUGGACUAAAUACCCCAAGUUCCCAAUACUGUCCACCUUGUACAUACCGCAGGCCUUGUGAGUUGUGAAUCAAAUUUGUAAAUGUCUCGCAUAUACUGUACCUUACCUUUCCUUUCCUUUUUCUUCCCUGUCACCACAACUGAAAAGUUGGAACACACGUGUUCCUGUAUCCAAAUGACAUCCAUCAAGAAAUCAUAUUUCACAGGGAUUAAAGUGGGUUGCUAGUU